AUGGAGAUCAUCACCCCAGCAGACUACCAAUCCGGCACCCGAAAACGGCCAAGGCGGAGUGGCCGGCCUUGUGAUGCAUGCCGCAAAAGGAAGACCCGUUGCGUCUUGGCCAAUGACGGAGAGCGCCAAUGCGUCCACUGCCAGCUCCGCGGAUCGCCCUGUACCUUCGAGCGUGAUCCCCCUGGGCGGAUGCCGUCCAUUCCGGGGCUGAGUGGGGGCGACCCCGGUCCCCGCACGGCGCAGACCGAGGAACAAAUGUCCGUCUCCGAGGCGCCGUCUCCGACUUCUCCGGAGCACGCCGAGAUAAUAGCGGGGAAUUCGGCCGAUGAACGGCGCAGGGCAGAAGCCUCAACAUCGGCCACCUCCGAGUCCGAGUUCGUCCCUGGUACCUUGACGCUUGGUCUCGCGCAGACUCGAUUUGCGGAGCUGUACGGGUUGGGAAGCGACAUGGAGCCCAUUCUGAUGCGUCACCGCCCGUAUGAUCCCCUGACCCAGGAGUUCAGCCUCGAGACUCAUGCAAUCCGGCGAGUGCUCGAGCGGGAUUCCGGGCUCGUUGGCUACCCUCUCACCUUCCACAUGGUGUCCGAUGAGAAAGCACUGGAGUUCGAUGCCACCCACUCCCAGAUAGACGCCAUAGAAGCUUGCGUGCGGCCACACGGUCCCCGCCUCGUGGAGCUCUUCUGGCGACACGUCCAGCCCUGCUACCCCCUGGUUCACAAAGAGUUUUUCAUGCAGAACUACAAUCGGUCUUAUCGGCAGAUAUCUGGCCCCCUCCUCGGUGCGGUGUAUCUCUCCGCGCUACGAUGGUGGUCGUACGAUCCCGAGCUGUCGAUCCGGCCGAUGCCGGACUCGGCCUUGUUGCGGAGGAUGCUGCAUCAAGCAAUCUCGUCAUCGUAUCACCGGCCGAAGCUAUCGUCAAUCCAGGCCAUUCUCCUGCUUCUACAGUGCCAGCCCGAGGAUCCCCUCAAUCCGGAUCACACCUACGAGUGGGGGCUGACUUGCCAGGCAUUGGCCAUUGGCCAGUGUCUCGGCCUCCAUCUGGAUGCCAGUGAUUGGUCUAUACCUGCCUGGGAGAAGAAUGUUCGGAAACGGCUGAGUUGGGCACUCUACAUGCAGGAUCGCUGGACUGCGUUGGCCUACGGACGGCCUGUGCACAUCCAUCACGAGGACUGGACCGUCCGGGAAUUGUCGAACCUGGACUUCAUCGACUGCGACAAUUCGGGACUCGACGACGAGAGACGAUCCAUCGGCGCGACAGGGAAGCUCCAGUUCAUUCUGAUGGUCCGGCUCGCACAGAUCCUGUCCUCCGUUCUCUCUUCCUUCUACACGGCCCGGACCUGCUUUGACCAAGACACGGCGCUGUUGUAUCAGAGGGCCCAGCCGAUAUUAGACCAGCUGCAGGAUUGGUACCGGAGCAUCCCUUCCUCGCUGCAUAUGAAUAUCACGUACCAGAGAAAGCUCUCCUUUCACGGACAUCUUCACUUUUCGUACUACGGAGUGGCGAUCGCCCUUCUCCGGCGGCUCAUACGGUCUACAGCGCUCCCGCCGGCUUGUCUCGAUAAUCAAGUGCUCUCGGAUGUUCGACAGUUUGCGCUGCAGACGGCGCAGAGCGCCAUCGGCUUCGUCAUGAAUCUUCGACCGGACCAGCUCGAGGCAUUUUGGUACUUUACAUCACCCUACCUAUUUGCCCUCGUUGGGUCGUUCACGACUCUGCUCCUCGUCACGUCCCUCUCUUCCCAAGAGCGUAGCUUCUGGCAGGAGACUCUCAACUCGUAUCUGUGGAAUCUACGGAUGAUGAGCAAAAGCAGCGAGCCGAUGAGAUACGCCGUGAAUCGUCUGGAAGGUGCGAUUCUACGGGGACUGGAGCAUGCUCUCGCCGUCAACCUAGACGAGCCGCCUGAUGACAACGUCAGCCCAAUGAUGGCGAAUUACUCGACCCAGCCGUUCGAAUUCACCGAUUUCGGAGAUUGGGACCUUGCUGCCGACGUCAAUGGCGCGUUCGAUCUGCUGCGCGGCGUCGACAUGGAUCCCAACGUGUUGAUGCCGGGUGGCCCAAUGAGAAGUGGCUAG